GUUUACCGGUGGAUGUAUUUAGGAUCGCAGCGUUUGUGUCUAUCGUAUGGGGAUUCAGUUUUGUAAGUUAAUUCAAGCUGGAUGCAUAUAAUAAAAGAAAUUUCCGAUAUCUUCAGGCAAUGGUUCUCGUGGCUUUAUGAUGCGAGGCAAAUCAUAGCGGAAGUAUUGAAGAUUCUCUAAAGGAUGCUACUUUGAUACAGUACAAGAAGAUGAUCUAUCAUUUUAAAAAUCUCUAAGCUACUGAAGGGAGGUUUAAAAAGGCUUACGCCACAGCUUUAAUAAUGCAGGUGCUGUUCAGAAUUGCGAAAUAGUACAAAAUAUUUCUGGAACGAUUUCUUCAAAUGGCCAAUUUAUGGGGGAGAAAUGUUGGAAAAUCAUGUUUCCACUUGGUAAUAUUCUGGAGCUUAAGUUUAACAGUUUCACAUGGAGUGGGCGUAAUUGUUAUGAAGACUACGUGGUAUUCGAAAUUAUGGGAUCCUCUAGCUCAUACAGAUUUUGUAAAACAGAUCACGACAAAGAACCCUUCAGAGCUUUUGGAAAUGUUACCAUGAAACAUGGCCGUUUCAAUGGGUGGUAUUAUUCCAGUUUUCAACUAGAAUACAAAGUCAAAAGCCUCCAAUGCUUGGAAAGCAACAGUUUCGCAUGCGACGACCACGAAUGCAUUCCUAAUGAAAAAGUCUGCGAUGGAGUGAAGGACUGUAAAAAUGGGGCAGAUGAAAUGAAAUGUGGGACAUUCGAAUGCAUAGAUGGCUUCAAAUGCGAUAACAAUACAUGCCUUGAAGAGGAGUUAGUUUGUGAUGGAGUGGUACAUUGUGAAGAUGGGACCGAUGAAGUUGGAUGUGACGGAGUGCUAUCAAUUGAAGGAGUUUCCAAAGCUAAAGAGAAGGCCAUUUCUUGGUUAAAGCAAAAAAGAACAAGCACUUGGGGUUGGCGAGAAAACACUCAUCGGGCCGUCGUGGCUCUGUACUUAGCAUCAGCUGCCAGUUUCAAUGGCACUGUCCUCGAGGAAGACUUAAUGGCGAAGGAGGUCGAGUUGAAGAUUGCUACUGCCUUGUUAAGGCCAACCUUCACUAGCACCGAUUUAAGCAUGUUCAUAAAUGCCCUUCUGGUCACCUGCCACAGCCCUCGACAGUUCUACGGCAACAAUUUGGUGAAACGUCUCAAGGAGCAAGUGGGGGAAUCCAAUAACUUCACACAUCCUUUGUCUUAUUUAGUUUUGUGUAAUGCCAACGAAUCGUGGCCUCUCAAAGCUAUUUCGGAUCUAAAUAGUGUAUUGAGCAGCAAUUCAGAGUACCCGUUUGUAAAAGAUCUGCAAGCAAUGGCGAUCACUGCUUUAUCCUGCGAGGCCAAUCGUAGCAGAGGUUUCGACAAUGGGUCCAAUUCUACUACUGCAACCCUAUACAAGAAUACGAUCCAACAUUUAAAGAAACUUCAAGCUCAUGACGGAAGUUUCGGGAAUUUAUAUACCACAGCUUUAAUAACGCAAGCUCUCUUGUCCAGUGGUCAAGAACACCGCAGAGACUGGAACUUGAAUGCAACAAUUAAAUACAUAAUAAAAGAACUGAACUCGUCCUCUGUAGAUUUCUUGGCAAUAUACUUGACUCUACCAAUUUUGAAUGGCAAAAGUCUCAUGGAUAUUUCAUAUGUAAAUUGCUCUGCUAAUCCCCGAAAGCAUGGAGAUGAUCCUGUCUCAGAUAUUGGAGAUUAUCUAGGAACAAAAAUACGUGUGCAGUAUUCUCUGUACAUAGGGGAUGAAAAGGAUGUUGUUCAUUCCAUUUCCCUGAGAGUGCUAGAAAAUUGCACGGCCUCAAAAGUCAUGGAAUUGGCUGGAGUUGAAGACCAAAAAUACAAGUUUGAAUGGAAAAUGAUGUCAGGAAAGAUGUACAUAUACGAAAUAGCGAAUAUCAAAAACGACCCUGAGGCUGGAAAAUUCUGGUUGUUGCAUGUGGGUGUUUCUAAGAGUUCCGAGUCAUUAACACAUUUAAUGAAAGGUCCAAAUGAGAUUGCUAUGGAAGACGGAGACCAUCUUGUUAUGUGGUACAAAACAGCAACAAUUUGAUUUAUGGAGAUUUGAAUGAUGAGAAAUUCUGUAGUUGAUUUUUUCUACUGCAGAUAAAGAAUGCAUUUUUAAUAUCACAUUACCAUAAAAAUAAUUGGCUGGUUAUAAUUCUAAGACUUGUAUAAAUUCUAACGUAUAAAACUAUAAGCAUUUAAAUUUUUUUCGCAAUAAAAAACUA